UUCCUCUACUUAUCCACCACUAUUUAAAAUCCUUCAUCUCAGUACUUCAUAGUUGAAACUUGGAUGAGAAUGUGUUUCUGAAUCUCUCUUUCUAAUCACUCCAUAGCAUAAUAAAAGACAUGGUUACAUUGGCUUCAUCGUCUCUGUGCACUUCAAAUUUCUCAGUCCACAGUUCAAGAACGCACAACCCAUGUCACCCAAAACCAUUUCCAGCUUCUGGGCAUUUGAAAUCUCUUGACCCAUCACUCGUCACUGCAAAAAAUCAUCAAAGGAAGAGCAAUUCACGCCGCAGAUUAACCGUGUUUGCAGUUACCGAAGGGUCUGCAAAAAAGUCGAGCAAGUCCGAGGAAGAAUCAAUCCCUUCAUGGGCGAGUCCGGACUCAGACGAACCCCCACCUUGGGCUCGCGACGAAGCCAGUGCUCAGAAUUCUUCGCAACAGGGCUUUGAGAUUCCCUUCUACGUUUACUUACUUGCCUCUGCCAUUACUGCAAUCGCCGCCAUUGGUUCUGUAUUUGAGUACUUGAAUCAGCGGCCUGUUUUCGGAGUUUUGAAUUCAGAUAGCAUCUUUUAUGCUCCAUUGCUAGGAUUCUUUGCAUUUACAGGCAUCCCUACUUCUGCGUUUCUGUGGUUCAAAUCUGUUGAAGCUGCUAACAAGGACGCUGAGGAACAAGAUAGGAGAGAUGGCUAUAUGUGAAGCCAAAUCCAUAAUCAGUGUUAUUGAACAUGAACCUUUUCCUGAGUUAAUCUUAAGUUUCCUUUGUGUCCAAUUUUUCUGUUAAAUCUGGUUCUGCUCUGUAAGAUGCACAAACACUGCAUUGGAAAUGACUAUAUACCACCUGUGUUUCUCAGCUUA